AUGUUUGCAUGGUGCGCGGCUUUGCGGGCCAAACUCCAUGACGUGGAUGGCUUGCAAGUACGUGAAGUUGCGAAAAUUGGGGAAGGAGGAUUUUCGUGCAUAUGGCGGGUUGAUUUGAUUUCAGAUCGCGGACCUGCUGAUGAACAUCUCCCGCGGACCAUGGCCUUGAAGAAGACCAUCUGUCAGGAUGAAGAACGAUUGGAUUUUGCACGAAGCGAAGUGGCCGUGUUGCGGCAGGCGGCCGAGGAGGGCAGAGGACGUCCAGGUCAAGAAUUCUUGGUGCGUUUCUUCUCUUACCAGGAACUGUCGGGUCAAGGCCGAGGAGGGGCAGAAGUGCAGCUUCUAAUGGAGUGGUGCGAUGCUGGGUGCUUGCUCGAUCGAAUAUUGCACGGUGAGCGGGAAACGACAAUGCGUUGCCCGAACAUGGCAGAGGCGGACAUCAAAAACAUCGUGCGGGAAGUGGCGGCUGGAUUGGCGUUCUUGCACAGCCUUGGAGUUGUGCACUAUGAUUUGAAACCGGAGAAUAUUUUAUUCCAUGGCCGUCACGUCCGCCUUUGCGACUUCGGCUCGGCAAAUUCGCGGCAGUGGCCUGACUUCGGGAAGGACACGCCGCGCCACGUCGUCCGGGAGGUGGAGUUGUUCUUCACACAGCGUACAACACCCAUGUUUCGGCCUCCUGAACUGGCAGAUCCGGACCUUGUGCGUUUCCCCAUCACGAGUCAGGUCGACCUCUUCAUGCUGGGCUUGUGUUUGUUCCAGAUGCUCUUUCGCGUGCACGCGUUCCCCAUGGAUGGCAAACUCGCGAACAUAAAUGCAAGGUACUCGUGCCCUGCGUCUGCGCGAUCUGUCUAUUCCAAGAGCCAGAUGGCUACACUUGAUGCGCUGUUGCAAAGAGAUCCGCGUGAACGUCCAACAGCACAGGAGCUCGCUGUGACCGGCUGUUUGCAGUCGAGCGCAGAAGCUUGA